AUGCUUGUGUCCAAUACAGGAGAUCCCAUCCCUGUGUCCGAUGGUGACCCGGCCUUCUUCAACCCACUUUCUGUUAUGCAGGCCCCAACUCCAGUUGCCUUGGACCCUAGGUACUUCGCUGCUCCGCCGGCCAGUCCUGCUUCUUAUGGCCAUUUCUUAUACGGACCGCCGCCAAUCUACCCCGUUGCAUUUGAGCCUGCUCCGCUGUAUGCUCCCCAAUAUGGCGCGCCGAUCCUAGAUUCGUUCUUUCCUGGCCCUCGAUUUGCUAUGCCUUCGCCUUUGAACAACGCUUACGCCUAUUCGAGUCCUCUAGUGACGGCGGCCUCCUUCCUCGACGAGCCGGCUGAGAUCUCAGAGAACAAAUCCCGUGAGUGCUUCGCUGAUUACCGGAAAUACAUGAACUGGCUUCAUACAGUCUACUACUCAUCAAAUUCGCCCUAUGCAUUUGUGCACUCCUGGAAACAAGCCUUGAAAGAGAUGACGCAGUCCUUUGACCACCCUCAUCCUCCGACAAGAUACAUCCUGAAUCAGUUCCUUGCUGCGGUCAGUGCAAAUCCUAAUACAAUCCCCUGGGUUGAGUCGCUCCAAUUUGAAAAAGGUCCGCUUCCAGAAUCGAUCCUGGAUGAAGCCUUUGCUGAUUUCCUGGAGUUCGAGGCAUGUCGACUGGGAAAACAAAUCUCAACCCUAGGUAGCCUAGAUACUGCCGUCGCUGGCGUGGACGAAUUUCAAAAUUGCCCAAAGGAAUAUUGCCCCUACCACCAGCGUCUUACGAGGCACCCUGUUGAUGAGUGUUUCCGAAACCCUCAGAACACGAAACGUAAGAGGAAGUGGAGGCGAAAGCAGGCUCGUAUGGCAGCAGCUCUCGAGACUGAGAAUGGGAAGCGGCUAUGA